UGCUCGCGGCGCAUGUGCCUGGCGCCCCCUCCCCGGCCCUGGAUUCCACUCCCCCUCCGCUCGCGCUGCAGCCGCAGCCGCCUCCAGGCCCCGCGCCGCCUCCGGAGUCCAUGGCCGGGACGCGCUGGGUGCUCGGGGCGCUGCUCCGGGGCUGCGGCUGCAACUGCAGCAGCUGCCGGCGCACCGGCGCCGCCUGCCUGCCUUUCUACUCGGCCGCCGGCUCCUUCCCUUCGGGCGUCUCGGGCCGUCGCCGCCUGCUGCUGCUGCUCGGGGCCGCUGCGGCCGCCGCCUCUAACACGCGGGGCCUCCAGUCCGGGCCUGCGUCCGCCGGGAGGCUGGCGGGGCCUCCCCCCGCGGCCGCCUCCGCCGCCGCUGCGGCCGCGGCUUCUUACCCGGCCCUGCGUGCCCCUCUGCUACCGCAGUCGCUGGCGGCGGCCGCGGGCCCGGCGCGGAGCUACAGCCAGGAGUCCAAAACUACCUACCUGGAAGACCUUCCACCUCUCCCUGAGUAUGAAUUGGCUUCAUCCAAGCUAGGAGAGGAAGUGGAUGAUGUUUAUCUCAUUCGAGCUCAAGGAUUGCCGUGGUCAUGCACUAUAGAAGAUGUGGUUAACUUUUUCUCAGACUGCAGAAUCCGCAAUGGUGAGAAUGGAAUACACUUCCUCUUAAACAGAGAUGGGAAACGAAGGGGUGAUGCCUUAAUUGAAAUGGAGUCAGAGCAGGAUGUGCAAAAAGCCUUAGAAAAGCAUCGCAUGUACAUGGGACAACGAUAUGUGGAAGUGUAUGAGAUAAACAAUGAAGAUGUGGAUGCCUUAAUGAAGAGCCUGCAGGUCAAAUCUUCACCCGUGGUAAAUGAUGGCGUGGUUCGUUUGAGAGGACUUCCUUAUAGUUGCAAUGAGAAAGACAUCGUAGACUUCUUUGCAGGACUGAAUAUAGUAGACAUCACUUUUGUCAUGGACUACAGAGGGAGAAGAAAAACAGGAGAAGCCUAUGUGCAGUUUGAAGAACCAGAAAUGGCCAACCAAGCUCUAUUGAAACAUAGGGAAGAAAUUGGUAACCGGUAUAUAGAGAUAUUUCCAAGCAGAAGGAAUGAAGUCCGAACACAUGUUGGUUCUCAUAAGGGAAAGAAAAUGGCAUCUUCUCCUACUGCUAAGUAUAUAACUGAGCCAGAAAUGGUCUUUGAAGAACACGAAGUAAAUGAGGAUAUUCGACCCAUGACAGCUUUUGAAAGUGAGAAGGAAAUAGAACUGCCUAAGGAGAUGUCAGAAAAGCUUCCAGAGGCUGUUGAUUUUGGAACUACAUCUUCACUACAUUUUGUCCACAUGAGAGGAUUGCCUUUCCAAGCUAAUGCCCAAGACAUUAUAAACUUCUUUGCUCCGCUGAAGCCUGUUAGAAUCACCAUGGAAUACAGUUCUAAUGGGAAGGCCACUGGAGAGGCUGACGUGCACUUCGAUACCCAUGAGGAUGCUGUUGCAGCUAUGCUCAAGGAUCGGUCCCAUGUUCACCAUAGAUAUAUUGAAUUGUUCCUGAAUUCAUGUCCAAAGGGAAAAUAAGACUUCCAGGGACUCCAGAUAAUAAGGAUGAAGCAAGAAGCAUUUCAUUUGCACAUCUUUUCUUGGACAUGGAAUAUAAAGUUCCAGUUUUGUAGCAGCAACUGCUAGAGAAAGGAUUUGGGGGUUUUGGGUUAAUUGCUUAUAAGACAAAUUACGUAGUGGACUGUUUAGAAAGGAAAAGGAAAGAUUCAGUUUGGAAUUAUGAAAUAAACCACAAAUUUAAAUUUUCGUUUAAUCUGUUCAAGAUCUGAUUUAAAAAUCUGGGGUUUUUAUUACAUACGAUUAAACAGUUUGUUUUCAUAGGAGAUGUGUUACCCAAUGAAAAGACUACAUCUUUUUAUUUAGCACUGUCCUUGAAAAUCUUUUCUCCCAUUUUACAAAUGGUCUGUUGGAGGUUUUGUCCUUUUGCCUAUGAAUUAAGGCUCUGAUGUAAAACUUCUCUGGAAUGAAAUACUGAUUUAUUUUAACCAAAUACUCACCAAAGCAAGGAAAGGCUUCAGACCUUUGAAUUAUUAAGGUUUGGCAAAGUAGUUAUAAUUUUAGGUGUAUUAGAUUACUUAGGUAGGAGUAGAAAUUAAAAAAAAAAAAAAUAAGUAUCACAGGUUAGUGAGUUAAGUGACAACAAUUUGGCAGUUUUACGUCUUUGGAAAUGUUUUGCCUUUCUAAGCCUUGUGCUAAAGGCAUUUGACUUUGGUGCCUGUAUCCUUAAGGAGAGAAUUCUUGUCUCAAAAGUUCUCUGAACACUCACCCCCCCCCCCAACUUUUUUUUGACUGUGGGUAAAUCUUGAGGGUGUUUGUUAGUCUCAAAACCGUGAAGUGACAUGUCAGAACAGUCCUGACUGGUAAAGACAUUAAUGGCUUCACUUGAAUUUAAACCAGCUCCUGAGAGGAAAAAGAAACUGUCUCCUCAUUUGCUUUUUUCAGUGGGAUAGCACAUCCCAUAUUUUAGAACAAGUAGGGGUGCCUUGCUUAAACAAAAAUAGCAUUUAAUGUAUAACUGUGUGAAGGGUUUAUGGAUAAAGCUGUACUUCUGUCACAUUGUGACAGUACCUUCUGCUUUAAUAUUAAACCGCUUGUUAUUGAAAUACUGGAUCAAAAUGGCUGGCUUCGAAAUGUGUCCUUAAUAAACUAACUUUAUGUGCACCUGUGUAGGAGAAUCAAAGUCCUGUAUACUUUCUUUGCCUUGUUCCUGUUCUCAGGGUGAUGGCUGCCACAUAGUUACCAGGAGGUAAAAGUCUAGUUCUUAAAAUUGAAUUAGCCCGGAUUUCUGAGAGGUGAUAUCUGGAAGAGAGAGGACGUCUUCUCUCACUGAAUCCAUAACCACCUUUGAUUACCAGCUAAGAUACGAGAUCACUGUACUGUAAGUAGUCAAUAAAUGAAGACUCGUUUCAGGCUGCAGAUUACCUAAGAUUAUUUAUUUUGGAGUGUGUGUAUCAACCAAAUAUAUUUUUGUUACGUCAAAUCCUGGUAUAGUUUAAAAAGAAAUGGCAAUUUUCGUUUGUAUUUUCAUCAUCCCAUAUAAACAUGACUUCAUUAACCAUCUUAACCUAUUCAGUAUUAGUACUUAAGUAGAAAUGUGUCUUCACGGAUGGCUGAGUGUACCAAGCUCUCAGAAGUGGCGUCUGUAGCUGUGUGCUCUAUUAGAAUAUGGUCUUUUUUCUGUUUAGCAGUAGGUAUUUAAUU